AAAUGUAUAUUUUAGUGAAUUUUCGUUGUAAAAUAGUACAAGACUUUAAUACGUAAACUUAAUAAUGACAUGCCUAGAUAAAGCUAUAUUCAAGGGCCUGGAUUAGGUCUAUAUAGCCUGAGCCCAGGGCCUAUAAAUGUAUAUAGAGCAUAUGAUAAGAGUCAGCAUAGUCAUAGAGGUUCGAGGGUGAACACUGAAAGGUUAGGAUCUAAACCAUGAGCAAGUUUUAUCCGGUGAUGAAUUAUCCACAGGGUGUUUCCACCAGUGAGUCCAAUUUUACAGGGUUUCAUACUCCAAAAUGGGAGUUCUGUAGUUAUGAGAAGUCAAACUCUAUCUUCUGGUCCAUUUUUUAUGCAAUCCUAAUUUUUUGGCUUUUGGCAGGUCUGUAUAUUGUUUGCCAAGAGUUCUUUACUUUGCCAAUGAUGUUGGUUUCACAAAAACUGAAAUCAUCUACAGCUGUGACAUAUAUGGCAGUUUUGACCAUUGCCAUGUCAGCUCCAGUGUUUGCUAUAACUGUAUCUUCAGUGUGUAUGGAUAGUCAACUAGGAAUUGGAGCGAUUUUGGGCACUGCGAUAUACAAAAAGUUGGUAAUUAUUCCCUUAGUUGGUGCAGUUGCUUCCAAGACUUUAGUGCUUGACUGGCGACCAUUUGUAAUUGAUGGGAUAUUUUAUGCUUCAUGUGUCCUUUUUGUCAACUUUAUUCUCUGGAAUGGAUAUCUUUGGUGGGUGGAAGGUUUUAUGUUAUUCUUGUGGUACUUCUUGUAUUUCUUCUUGAUUCUAACUUAUGAGGAGCUAAUGAGCCUGAUGUCUUUCUGUGGAAGGAAGAUCUGGAUCAACAGAAAUUAUGAAACCAAAGAUCCUUUUUGCAACAUACACCACAAUCAAACAGAUAAAUCUGUUGGUCAUAAAGAAAUCACAAAUAUACCUAACUGUAAGCUCUGGCAUUUACAUGAAGAAUUUAAUGAAGCAAAUGAUAUAACAGAAGAUCAAAACACCAUUCACAUUUGUUAUGAGAAAGCUUUAAAGAAUAAUGACAAACAACCAAAAAACCUUUUAACAGAAUUGGCUGCUAGAAAUGAUCAGUCUAAAAUGGUGAACAGUAUGCCAUUAAUUACAACACCCCCACCAUUUACCAAGACACAGAUGAAUAACACUAUUAUAGAUGGAAAUAUUCAACCCCAAACAAAUUAUUUUCCAUUAGGAGACAACAAAGCUCUUGAUGUUCUGACUUCUAACAAGCCAGUACUAACAACUACCAACUCUCACAUUUCAACAGUGAAUAUGAUUCCUACUUAUAACAGACCAGUGAUGACCACAACUGUUUCUAACAAUUCAGCAGUAAAUGUGAUCCCAACUACAAAGAGGUAUAUGGACAAUGUCAUGAGUUAUCACAUUCCCACAGUACCUGAGAUCCCAGUUUCUAAAGAGCCAGCUAUUUACUCUUGUAACCAAACAACUAAUAUGCUCCAAACUCCAAUCAGCUUGAAAAGUCUUACUUCAGGUGAAGACUUACCUUCUGAUAAAUCAUUAACAUCAAUCAUGAGCAGUGGCUUUUCAACAGGAAGCAGUACUUCUAAUUGUAACAACAUUGUGACAACUACUAUUAGUUCUCAUGGAGAAACAGGAGUCAUAUAUCCCAGCACUCUUGGUUUAGUAGAAGUCAUAUCAGAUGUGAGUCUUAAUCACAUUGUUGAAGAAGAGCAACCCAGACAAAAAGACCAAGAAGUUUUAGAAAUUAAAAACGAGUAUGUUCCAUCUUAUAUGGGACAAGAUUAUAAAAGAUCCCUUUCACAAAAUGGUUCAAUUGAAAAUGGUUAUUUGGAUAAUUCAAGAGAAACAGAGAACACUGACAGUAUUAAGUAUCAGAAGCAAGAUACCCAGUCUACUGGAUAUUACAGAAAUCUGCUGAGAUACCUUCUUGACAAAGAUCUGAAACUUACAGAAGAUCAGGUCUCUUUUCAUCAGAUUUGACACCUCACCACAUCCCUGGCUGUUCAUUUCCGUUGCAGGAGAUCAUCCAGGCUAGCAUGUGGACCAUACCACACACUUUUGUCACCCAUUAUCAUUUGGCCAUCUUCUCCUCAACUAGAUACCGUCUGCCUCCUCUCACCAUCUUGCAUUCCAUAGUUCGACUAUGAGUGGGUAAGUUUUUACUUUUCCUUUAUAGUGACCCUAUGCUUCAUUUUGUUACCUUCUCUGUGGUGAGUGGUGCCUGUCCAGGUUUACUUCUCAAUUAGUGAUCCCCCACCCUGCCUCUUCCUGAAUGUCAGUACCCAGGGGGUCUGGUUCUGGAUGUGCACUGGACCAGCCAUCAAAUCUACACUGUAUGACCUUUAAGGUCUAUAACACCCACAUAUGAAAUUGGGUGUUUAUCCUUGCAAUAUAUUGUGUAAUAAGUAUUCCCAUCCCAGACCAUAUUAAAUCAUGUACUAUUAUAAGUAAAACAUGGAGGGGAUUGCUGUCUAUCCCUCCAUUUCUGGUUGAAUACUUCAGGUUUGGCCUGCUUUCCAAUAUAGGGUUCUGCGGUCACCAAUUGCACUUUCUACAGUGAUGGAUUUCUCCAGAUUCCCCAAUGUGCUCCCCCCCCCCUUUAGUGGAAUAUGAGAGUUCUUACCGCUUACCAGCUCCUAGCUGCUGGGAUGGUGGACCAUGGAGACUUCCUCCUGAAUAUGUUCAAUCCCACUCAGUUGAGAAUAGGGUGGUGGUGUAGUUGGUGUGUACUGUCUUCUUACCGUGGACCUGAUGUACAAUUCCAAUGCUGUCUGGUUAUGGACUGGAUGAAUCCACCAUAUGCAGUUCACCUCUCCAGCUGGGAACCUACCUUCCUACAGCCACCUGAAUGUCAGUUCCUGGGAGUGUGCUGGUGUUGAUUGGAACUGGACCAGCCAACAUAAGUCUUCACAGAUGUGGUUGGGGUGGGACCCUCCUUCUACUGCAGACUAGAUGAUACAUUCCAUAGCUGUACCACAUGUAAACACGUGAAGGUAGGUGGGAGCGCAAGGUUAAUGUUGAGCAGAAAUUUGUGCAUAUAGAGGGCAGUAAUCAUCAAGAAAAGCAAUAAUGCGAGUAGAGGUAAGUAUCUAUCAGAAAUACAUUUUCAGUGUAGGAAAAUGUUAACUUUCUUCUAGUAGUAAUUAUCAAAAAUUCUUCAAGAAAACUGUAAACUGAAAUGUAGCUGAACGUAUAAUAUUUUUUCUCUUUUCACAAAUAUAUUUUUAUUAAAGCUUACAGAUAACCAACUAUCAGAAGGUUCAGCACAACCACAAACAUUUCAGUGGUUUAUUAGGAGAAUAUUUCGGGUCAUA